AUGACUGGGACAGAAAUCAACCCUUAUAGUGCUAAUGCUCGGUAUCAAACAUCAUAUCAAGGUAUGUCAAAUAAAGGUCAAAGAAUCAAGCAAAAUAAUGUUGUUCCUCGAGAUGAUCCAAUCUCAGAAUCUGAACAUGAGUCGAACUCACAAGCAGCUCGAAUGGCUCGAACAAAAAUCAACCCUGAUGGUGCUAAUGCUCAGUAUCAAAUACCAAAUCAAGGUAUGUCCGGUAAAGGCCAAAAAUGCAAGCAAAAUAAUGUUGUUCUUCGAGAUGAGCCAAUCUUAGAAUCUGAACCUGAGUCAAACUCACAAGCGCCUCGAAUGACUCGAACAGGAAUCAAUCCUUAUGGUCCUAAUGCUCAGUAUGAAAUACCAAAACGAGGUGCGACUCAAAAGAAUUCUUUUGGAAGCCAAACCAAUAUUAGAUCUCAGAAGGAGUUUAUAAUUGAUCAUAUGAAUCGUAUUGAUGAACAAGGGCAGCAACAAGGGAGUAGAACUAGGACUCAAGUGGGUACUAGAGUUUAUAGUGGACAUAUGGGCUCACGUCAAACUUCAAAUGGGGUAUCUCAACAUGACCAUAACACUGGUUUGUCUCAGAAUGAUCCUAUGGUUAACCAGUCCACGCAUAGACAUAGGGAAGAAUCCGAAAUCCAUUACGAUCAUGUGACUGGUACUCAUGAAAAAGAACAUGAGCAAGUGGAAGUUUUGGUGGACCAAAGAGAUGCUAGAGUCACUGCUAUUGAAUGGAUGAAGAUAUGUACUCACUGGAAUAGCGAGGCUGCAAAGAAAAUGAGUCAAAGAAGGAAGAAUGCUAGAGCCAAGAGGGUGAAUGAUCAAAAAACCGGGCAAACUUCCUUUGCUCGAGUUGAGCAUAAAAUGACAAAGGAAAAUGGACGGCCCCCAAGCCGUGUUGAGUUGGUUCAUGCAUGCUUCUUGGACUCUAAUGGAGACUCCAAUCCAACAAUUUUAAGCGCAAAUGCCAAUAUGCAAGAACGUAAUAGUCAUGUUCAAGAAAAUUUUGAUGAUUCAAGUGAUCAAGAUGAUGAUCUAAUUGAUCAAGAUGAUAUAUCUGCUCAAUCAUUAAGGCAAUGUCAGUCUAAUAUCAUGCAAAUGGCUACCAAAGAAAUUAGCCAAUCAAAUGCUCGAGGGAUAGUUCAGAACACAUCUAAGCGCCUAAGGAUCGAGGAACAAGGUAAUGAGAGUCAGUGAUCACUACAACUUCAUGAUAUACCAA